AUGACCGAUUAAGAGGCACACAUACUAUGCUUUAAUAUCAAGGCUACCAAAGAAUAAGCGAUCAGCAUAUCUGUUCUCUACACUAUUACUUUGAGUUUAUUUUAUGGAUCUCUUUUUGUUUUUCUUUGGACUCAAAGAACUAACAUUAUACUAAAGGAGAGGAGCUGUUACAUUCUAAUACUACAAGCCAUCACUACAUACGGAUUUAUAGUUUUAUAUCCGAUAGCUGUACUAUCUUCAUAAAAUUAUGUUUAUGAUGACAUCAGCUAUUAUACAAUAAUAUUGUAUUAUUUAAAAUGUUAUAAGUUUUAUAGCUUAAUUUAAAUACAUUCCAAUUUUAUGCUAUUUGUUGAGGGCCUGCAGGUUUUUUUAUGCUUUUCAAAGGCCAUGGAAAUUAUUUAAGCUUUAGGGACUUAAUUUUAUAAUAGCAAUGGCUAUUUGUUGUAUUUCGAUAGGUCUACUUGAAGCAUACACACAAUUCGACCAAAACAUAUUCCAACAGAAUGAGUCUGAAUACAACAUCUAAAAAAUAAUGCCAAGAAUGGCUUUUGUGUAUAUCUCACAACUCAUCUUGAUUCUUGCAAUAUUUUUCAUGAGAAAAGUUAAUGUAAGAUAAGCAGAAUUAUAUUUUAGAAAUUUCAAUAGUUCGAUUAUUGGAUAGCAUUUGCAAUUGAACUAAUUUAAUUCCUAAUUAAAAUAGUGUUGAGGAACAAGUUUAAUUUUAUUGAUUGCAGUCCCUCUCACAAAAUCCCAUUGUAUUACUACAUCGAUUGCUUCAAAUUGUCUUUGAUGUUGUUGUGUUCAACUAUCCUACCUUUGUUCUUUUAGCAUAAAUCAAUAACAGAAUUACCUUUUGAAAUGGAAUGCUCAAGUUUUAGAUUGUUCCUAGCUUAACCCUAAUUUAUAGAAUUAUUUUAUCAAUACUUGUGUUAUUUCGAUAGAACAAAAUCAUAGAAAUUAAUUAUGGAAGAACCUCAACAAACAUAAACAAACCUCAGAAUCAACAAUAAUUAUACAAGUCUAUUUGAAAACGAGUCUUAAUUUAACAUUUUCAAAUCCUCAUUAUCAAAAUGCUUCAUCUCCUAUAUUAAUUUUUCAUUGUGGCUUGAGAAGGAAUAAAACGAGUCAAAUGCCGAUGAUGAUAAUGAACAUUUAUUGAGUUCUGAAUUCCAAUUUAUUUAAGAACUCAUUUCUGAAUAGAAUGUAUCCAAAAUGCCCUCCACUUAAAAAUACAAUAAGUAGCUUGCUAAUUAAGGUAUAAAUGAUUCAGGCAGAUUGGAUUUCACUCAAGAUCAAAUCAAUAUAAAUAAAGUUGAAAAAAUUUGGUUGUACAAAGAGAUUCUUUAUGAAAUUUUAAAGGAAGUGUUUGAACAACAUUUCAAAUACACUAAUUCUUACUAGACUUUGUAUGAACAUUGUGAAAGAAAUAGAAUAAUAUGGAUCAGGCUAGGAUAAAUUGGAUUGACUGGGAAUUGUAAUUGA